AUGACGCUCACUGAAGCCUCAUCGACCCUCUCACCCCUUCCAUACGUCCUCUCCCAUGGUUUGGUGGCGGUAUCGACGUUCGGUCUCCUUUCAUUCUUCUGCUCUACUUCCCUCUUCUUCUACCUUACUUACCGCCUGAUCUCGUGGCAUGUUCGUGCUGAAGUCAAGUCGUCACCAAAUCAAUUCCUGCUCUUAAUUUACAACCUCCUCUUGGCAGAUAUCCAGCAAGCAAUAGCCUUUGUCCUCAAUAUCAGCUCUUUACGAAACGAUGGCAUCUGCGCAAUUGCAGUGCAUACGUUCUUCAGCGUCAUCAAGGAAUACAGACUGCCAGCUCGUACUUUCUACUGUUGCAUCGCCGGGGCCUGGAUCUUCGUAUAUACCAUGGGAGCUGUAGGCCCCCUUCUCCAGGGCGCCGAUUUCUAUGUCCGUGCAAACGCAUGGUGCUGGAUCAAUGAAGCCUACUCCUUGGAACGUCUCUGGCUGCACUACUUCUGGAUCUUCGUCGCCAUGUUCCUCACAAUCGUCAUCUACCUCUGUAUCUUCAUCUUCCUUCACACUGCACCGAACUCGUGCGCAAUACUCAAACACCGCACUGAACACGUCAAUCACGGCGCAACACCACUCAUGAUCCUCUACCCGCUUAUCUAUACCGUGUGCACUGCACCCCUUGCAGCCGGUCGCAUCUACGCCAUUGCUGGACAUGAAGUUCCGCUUGGUUUCUUCGUUGUGGCUGGUUCGAUGAUCGCGUGCAAUGGAUGGCUUGAUGUCUUGCUUUACGCGAGCACGAGGUCGGAUAUUGUGUUUAGCGAGGACCCACCGGGCGAGAACACAGGGUUGGAUACUUUUGCUUUUCUUGGGAAAGGAGGAAAAGGGAUGGGGACAAUUACGACUAUUGAGGCGGGUUUGCCGCAGAGGAGCAAGAGUGGGAAGGGGAGUUUUAAGAAUCGGUUUGGGAGAGGGGUUGGUGUGGACGAGGACAUUAAUGGGAGUCAGGAGAUGUUGUAUGGCUUGGGUGAGAUUGGUGUUAAGGGCGAGGUUACGAUUACGGUAGAUGAUUUGCAGGUGCCGAUGGAGACAGCGCAGAGGGAUGGCAAGGAUAGUAAGGGGUUGCAGAGUGGAGGGAGCGAGGUGAGUUGGGAGGAUGCGAGGAGUGUGAGGAGUGUGCAGAGCUAUGACACUUUGGGGUAG